AUGACGACCCCGCCACCCCUCCUCCUCACCGCCCACUCGGCCGCCGCGCUCCUCGUCCUCCUCGGCCCCACCGCCCGCGCGCGCAAGCGCCUGCGCCGCGACGAGGCCGGCUCCGCCUCGGACGCCGAAGCGACCGACCCCGACCCCACCCCGGCCCCGGCCCAGGCGACACCCGCCGCGGCCCCGGAGCGGGAGACGCCACCGCCGGCGCCGGCGCCCCUGCCGCUGCCGCCCACGAGCCCGGACGACUACCCGCUCGCGUUCCGGGUCUCGGCGCCCACCUUCCACUUCCUCUCGGGCCUGCUCGACCCGCUCCUCUCCCACCCCUCCCUCCCGUCCCCGGUGCUCCUCGCGCUCGCGCUCGCCCGCCUCGCGUCGGGCCUGCCCUACCCGGCGCUCGCGGCGCUCUUCCGCGUCCCGCCCUCCGCCCCCCGCGCCGCCUCCCGCCGCCUCCGCCGCGUGCUCCUCGCCAACUUCCGGUUCUGGCUCGCCUUCCCCUCCGACCCAACCAGCGCCUAUUCCGCCCCGCUCCCCUCCUGCCGCGGCGCGCUCUGCUGCGCGCGCUUCGCCGGCCCUACCGGCCCGCUCGCCGCGCAGCUCGUGGCGGGCGCCUCCUCCCGCGUGCUCUCGCUCGCCGCGGGAUUCCGCGGCGACCGCACGGACCUCGAGGUGCUCAGGCUCUCCUCGCUGUAUCAGGAGAUCGAGCAGGGGAAGUUGCUUGACUCCCAGCAGUACCUGGUUGGGGAUGGGGGUGGGUACCCGCUGCUGCCCUGGCUCAUGGUGCCGUUCCCAGGGCCAGUGGUGCCUGGCUCCCCUGAGGCGGAGUUCAAUGCUGCGCACAGGGCAAUGUGCCGCCCGGUGAGGCGUGCUAUCCGGAGCUUGAUGGGAUGGGGAGCCAUCGCUAGGCUCCGUGAGGAGGAAAGCUCUCGGGCAGCUGUGGCGUGCAUUGGGACAUGUGCAAUGCUUCACAAUGUUUUGCUGACUAGGGAGGAUUACUCUGCAUUGGCGCCGGAUGUUGAGGAGGCAGAGAGUGAUUUGGGGGAAAUGCACAGCCAAAGAGAUGACGCCGGUGCCGGAGCAGAAGGACUCGAGGUUGAUGGUCAUGCAUUGGCGUUGCGGACCGCAUUGGCAGCAACAAUGAAGGACCUGCGAGCGCCUGACUAG